CGAAAAUACACACAGAGAAAACCACUUCACCCUGCUCAAUAAUCUUCUGUAACAGAAGCAGUGCAUCAUGGGAAAUGAGGUUCCUACCUUUUAUCACGCGUAAACCUUUGCAUUAUUUAUGCAACAUAUUUCCGAAUUUCAGACUUGGUCAUUUCAGCAACCUGAACUUAAAAAUAGGCAUGUCGUCUUAUUGUGUUUACUGGUUUUUAGUUUUGCAAAACGGGACCCUGGAUUCAGCAGAAACAACUACAUUUCCCAUUAGGCGUUUGGGAGAUUCGGAGUAAUGCGCGUCGAAGGGGUGCCUUUUUCAGGGGUGCUCCUAAUCCAAAGCGUUGAGGGUCUGGAAGAUCCAGGUGAGCAAAUGUAUAUCCAGACAGGAGCUGAACGCCGUAUUGAAAGCAGAUUUUUCAACAGCAAAAGAGGAACAGGGAGCGGAAUCCGGCAUCACAGCUGAACAGUGAGGAAUCAAGGAACAUCUGAGACUCCAUGUGAAUGCAUUCUGCAGCGCGGUAGCAUCACCAUCAUCUUCAUCAUCAUCAUCUUCUUAUCCAGGCUGAAAGAGAGCCCUUAUACGAGUCUGAAGGGAGAAAGACGUGGGAAUGCUUCAGUGUUGAUACUCUCCAGCCUGAGCUCAGCUGUACAUUUGAAGAAAAGAGAUGAAGGAGAUACAAGCUGGAGAUGAUUUACAAGUCCACCCGACUGAUUGAUGUGGCCGCUGCUUCCGCCCUGAGCCCGCGUUGCUAAGAGACAGAGGUGCUACACGAGCUCAUGCAUAUUGGAUCAUUCACAUGAAUGGAGCUGCACUUGAAUACCUAUGCACUGCCUGUUCAGAGAGCACUCAGACUAUAACAGGCGCCGAAGAGGCAUUUUAAGAGCAUUAAGUGGACAAGUGGACAUCGGCAAGAAGACUGAAAGAUCUGACGGGGAGGGAGGAUGUUAAAGUCAAUGGGCAGCUACAGCAAAGGCAUUGUGCCUUAGGUGACAAAAAUCAGGAAUAUCACAUAGAUUUGCUUUUCAGCAAAACUCACCAUUAAGGAUUAUCUAAGGAAAUACACAACCUCCAGGUUUAAUGCUAUGUAGCUUCCAUAAUACAAUGUGGCCAGCUGGGGUCAGAGAUUGCCCUGACCUUUUUGUAAUCCAGUCUCUCAACAAUUGCCCCCAUGCUCCUUGGAGAUGAUUUCUUCAUAAGCCUGUUUGAGGUUUCUGCAAAGCUCUCAUAAAUCUCCUUUGCACCAUUAGGGUUUGUGGGUUUGAUUGCUCUUGUUGUCUCUUUCUUUUUUUGUUGUAUACAGUGGUCUCAGUAAUUGGUUUUUAUUUUUAAGCUGUCCAUGUGUCCCAGAAAAUCCAUAGCACCCUAACAUCUGGCAGACAGCCUCAGUGUGAACCUAUUGGAGACAGGGUGCAGUUGACUGCAUGCUGUACCAUUCGCAAAACACCCAGUCAUGCGUGGUUACUGCCAACACACUGCAGUGACCUGUGUAUAGUUGCCACUCAGGUGACUGUCAGAAUUUGGCUGGCAGGAAAGGAUGAACAUGAACCUCGAGACUGCAUGUAUGCAUAUCAUACAAUUAUUCACCAUUGAAGACAGAGAAGAAGUAGAGUGAGGGAUGGAAAAGUCCAGGAUAAAUCUACAGUCUAAUUAUAUAGGAAAAGCCCACAUCAUUUAUUUAAAGACUUCUGGAUUUCAUUAUAACACAGUGUCUCUCUAGUGAAUGAAUAACAGGCUUGCCCUAUACAAAGCACACACUCGUACAACUGUACACAGAGCAGGCGUGGGUGACAGCCUUCGUUUAUCUAAAGCUGAAAUGUCAAAUCCACAGAGGCCUGUUUCAUCAGACUGUCGCUGCAGGGAGAAUGAGACAAUGCAGACACCCACUAAGUAGACUUUGGGACGAUUUGAACAGGUAUGUGUUUUGAGCCAAGCAAUGAGAGAAUGAGAGUGAGGCAGAUCUGAGCUGAGUGGGUUAAAGUGAGAGAGCAAGCAGGAUAAGUGUGUGACCCACAGACAGGCAGAGAGCGAGAGAGCUCUGUUUCUGUCUGUCAAGCUGUUUGUGUGUGUGUGUGAGUCAGCUGGCGCGCUGACGAGCACCGAGGGAAGGCUGGGCACUGUGGCAGGAGCCGGUGCAUGGCUGUGGGGGGGUCGCCCAGCGUGCACUCCUCAGCAACGAGAGAGCCGCUGGGGAUCAAACUUUGGCUGGGCUCGGACACAGAGGCCCUGGGGGCCAAGCGGGGGGCCAGCCGAAAGGUGCUCUCGGACAGCAUCAGGGAGCAUGCGCUGCUCUUUACGCCUGUGGGUGCUGCUGGCAUCGUUGGCCCUCCUCUUCCUCACCUCCCUACUAUUUUCACUCUCGCUGAGAGGAGGCCCUGGUCUGUCCUACCUGGAGUCUCCUGGGUGGGAAGAGUCAAGGCAGGUGAAGCUGGUGCCCAACUACGCCAACUCCCACAAGCCGGCUUUCACCGAGGGCAGUCAGCAGAAGACAUGUGCCUGUAACCACUGUGUGGGUGAUCCGGGCGUCUCGGAUUGGUUUGAUGAGAAUUAUGAGCCAGAUAUUUCACCCUUAUGGACACGGGACAACAUCCAGCUGCCUCCAGAUGUCUACUACUGGUGGGUGAUGUUGCAGCCUCAGUUUAAGCCCCACAGUAUCCAACAGGUGCUGCUAAGGCUCUUUCAGGUGAUCCCUGGACACUCACCGUAUGGCUCGUGGGACCCCGCCCGAUGCUUGCGCUGUGCUGUGGUGGGCAAUUCGGGCAAUCUGCGUGGGGUAGGCUAUGGGUCCGUGAUUGACGGCCACACUUACAUCAUGAGAAUAAACCUGGCACCUACCGUGGGCUAUGAAGAGGACGUGGGCAGCCACACCACCCACCAUUUCAUGUACCCAGAAAGUGCCAAGAACCUGGCUGCCAACGUCAGCUUCGUUCUGGUGCCCUUCAAGACUCUGGACCUGCUGUGGAUCACCAGCGCCCUCUCUACUGGCCAAAUCCGCUUUACCUAUGCUCCAGUUAAGCAGUUUCUGCGUGUGGACAAGGACAAGGUUCAGAUCUUCAAUCCGGCAUUUUUCAAGUACAUCCAUGACCGCUGGACACGCCACCAUGGCCGCUACCCCUCCACAGGAAUGCUGGUCCUCUUCUUUGCCCUGCAUGUGUGUGACGAGGUGAAUGUAUUCGGCUUCGGGGCAGAUAGCCGGGGGAACUGGCACCACUACUGGGAGCAGAACCGCUACUCAGGAGAGUUCCGUAAGACAGGUGUCCAUGACGCAGAUUAUGAGGCCCAGAUCAUUGAGCGCCUGGCCAAAGCUGGCAAGAUCACCGUCUUUCCUGGGAAGUGACUCUCAAAAACAGGUCUCAAAGCAGGCGUGGAGUGAGGAGCCACUGAUCAACCAAGCACACAAGCCCAGUUCCUGCACACUUUCCUUUACACUCAUAAACUAGUGGUGUCGGAUCAAAAACUCAACCCACAGACCAAGACCUUUUUUUGCUGGUUUCUUUACCGUCCUACAAAAACCUGGAAGAGGAACUGAAUGAACAAGGGACAAUUGGCAUAUCGGCUUUCUCCUUUUCCUGUACAGGCGUUUUUAUAGUAUUAAAGUUACCGCCAGAAAGUA